AUGACAGAACAACCUCUUACUACAAAUACUUUACCAUCACGACUUCAACGAAAUGGAAAAAAUAGUCUUAGUUCCAAAAGUCUUACUAGUCAACUUACCGAAGAGAAUUUAAAACUUCACACCACAGUGGGGCCAUCACCACGAGAAGCAAAAACGCAUUUAGUAUUGGUAUAUGUGGACCUUCAAAAACAGUUGGUGGCCCUUGAAGAACAAAUGCGGAUAGAAGCAAAAGCCGCUCAGGAAAAAUUUACAAUGUCUCUGCCUAAAGAUACUCCAUCC